AUGGGUUCAGGGUACACAAAGAUACGUGCAUGUAUCAACAACUGCAUUCUUUAUUGGAAUGAGUACAAGGAUGAAAAAGUGUGUCCUACUUGUAAAGAACCCAGAUGGAAAGUUGACAGGGAUGGUAAAGUUUACGAGAAUGUUCCAGCAAAGGUAUUGUGGUACUUCGACAUCAUCCCAAGAUUUCAGCGGCUGUUUCAAUCGAAGCACACAGCAAAAGAUUUGAUAUGGCACGAUACCACUAGAAACAAAGACGGUGUUUUACGUCAUCCGGCAGACUCACAUGCUUGGAGAGAGAUAGAUAACAAUUUCCCAGAAAUUAAAGGUGAUCCAAGAAAUCUGCGGUUAGCUGUUUCGGCUGAUGGAGUUGAUGUAAACACAGGCACCAAACAUCACAGUGGAAAGAGAACAUGGGAUGCAUAUGCCCAAGAAAUGUUUACUCUACGUGCAGUUGUUUUGUGGACGAUAAACGAUUAUCGUGCUCUUGGUACACUAUGUGGUUGUCGCUACGCUGGAUAUCAUGGUUGUGUGGUGUGUCGUAAAAAAGCGCACAGUAUUAGGCUUCAUGACUCAAACAAGAAUGUUUAUGUUGGUUAUAGAAGAUUUUUACCCUAUGAGCAUCCGUUCAGAAGGCAGAAGGGGGCAUUUGGCGGAAAACAAGAGUGGGAGACUGCUCCAGAACCAAUGACCGGGGAAGAAAUAUAUGAGGAGAAUGUGGGACAAAGUCUUGUUGGAACGUUGCUGCACAACGGGAAUACAAAAGAUGGAUUAAACGCCAGAAAGGAUUUGGUGCGUUUGGGGUUAAAAUCGGAGUUACACCCUAAGACAGAUGACAAAGGAACGAUACUUCCCGCAGCAUGUUAUACAUUAACUACGGAAGAAAAAGACAUAUUCUUGGAGACACUAUUCGAGUUAAGAGUUCCAGAAGGAUCAAUAUCUGCCAAAGAAAUCAUGGUGGAAGAGCUAGAUAAAUUGCAAGAGGAUCUCUGUGUGACGUUAUGCUUACUAGAGAAGGAAGUGAAGUUAUGCGGUCCGGUUUGCUUUCGAUGGAUGUAUCCUUUCGAAAGGUGUAUGAAGGUUAUAAAGGGGCAUGUGCGAAACAAGAAUCAACCUUGUGGAUGCAUUGCCGAAGAGAAUGUUGCAGAAGAGACGAUUGAGAUAUAUUGUGAGUACCAUAAAAGCAUCAGGACAAUUGGUAUUCCACUAUAUAGGCAUAAUACAUCUCAGGAGGGAGAACCGUUAUCAGCUGAAGAGCCGUGUAUAGUUACCCCUGAACAGUUGAGACAAGCACAUUUCUAUGUAAUGCAGAACACGCCUGAAAUUGAGCCUUACAUAGACCGACACAAGCUAUAUUUGGAAACUAACUAUUCUACUAAAAAGCGAGCAUGGCUAGAGAAAGAGCACUCUAACACUUUUGGCGCUUGGUUAAAAAAUGAGGUUGAAAAAGAGUUGGCAGACGAAAGAGAAAGUAUCUCAGAGAACUUAAGAUGGAUAUCACACGGCCCUCACUACGAGGUAACGAAAUACACUGUAUAUCGCAUCAAUGGAUAUCUAUUCCGCACAAGAUCCCGUGAUGGUAGAAUUCACCAGAAUAGUGGGGUUAGCGUUGCAGCAAAUGACAUGCACAUAUCUAGAGAUGAUGAUGUUACAUAUGGUAAAGCCUCUUAUUAUGGUGUCUUGCAAGAGAUAUGGGAGUUAGAUUACUGUGAAAGAAAAGUUCAUCUGUUCAAGUGCAAUUGGGUUGAUAAUAAACGUGGGGUCAAAAGAGAUGCUCUUGGCUACAAGAUUGUUGACCUUACUAUGUUGGGAUACAAAAAUGAUCCUUUUAUUUUAGCCUCACAAGCUAAGCAGGUAUUUUAUGUCAAAGACCAGUUAGAUAAGAAAAAGUCUAUUGUUUUUGUGACACCUCCCAAAAAUUAUAGAGAUGACGAUGGCAACGAUGAGGAAUUCAGUACAGUAAUCUUUUCUGCGAAUGAUAAUAUCUUGCCGUCUGUAGAUCCACAAGACUUGGGUAAAGAAUCCCGAAAUGAUUACUUCCGAACUGACUGCCGAGGUUUACUUAUACGCAAGCCAAAAUGA